AUUGAUAAACAAAAACAAAAACAAAAUAUCCAUCUUGCUCCUCUAUUUUUUCUUACUAGAAAAAAUUUGUAUAGAGAAGAAAAAGUGUAAAUUUUCGAGAAGAAAAAAACCGAUCUUUAAUUGAAAAAAAUCGAUGGCAUUAAUGCGCCUUCUCAGCCAGGUUGAAAGGCAGCAAUCUCAAUUGAGGCAGCUUAGCUCUUUGUUCAACCGAACGUAUAUUUCCUCUGGACGGAUCAUAGGAAGUGAAGUGCAUGGAGUUGGAAAUACCAAGCAAAGGUUUCACUCUAGUUAUGUGGGAAGUUUAGCCCGCAGAGUACGUGAAAGAGAGGAAACCAGUAAUGCUGCAUAUCAUAGAAAUGAUCCAGAGGCAGUCAUAAGGAUGUUUGAAAGCCAACCUUCAUUACAUUCCAAUCCAGCGGCGGUGUCGGAGUAUGUUAAGGCACUGGUAAAGGCUGAUAGAAUUGAUGAAAGUGAGCUGCUCCGGACUUUACAGAGAGGGAUUGCUGGUUCUGCUAGGUCUCAUAUGGAGGAAGAGAACAUAGGGGCUCUAUCGGCUCUUAGAAAUGUUGGGAAAUCAACAAAGGAUGGUGUUCUUGGUACUCGUAAUACUCCUAUACAUAUGGUGGCCGUUGAAGGAGGUAACUUCAAAGAACAGCUGUGGCGUACAUUCCGGUCUCUGGCUGUGGCCUUUCUCUUGAUUUCCGGAGUUGGUGCUCUCAUUGAAGAUAGGGGUAUCAGCAAAGGUAUAGGAGGGCUUGGCCUAAAUGAGGAAGUGCAACCGAGUAUGGAGACAAAUACAAGAUUUUCUGAUGUGAAGGGUGUUGAUGAGGCAAAAUCUGAGCUGGAAGAAAUUGUUCACUAUCUCCGAGAUCCUAAGCGUUUCACUCGUCUUGGUGGCAAGCUCCCAAAAGGCGUAUUACUUGUUGGUCCCCCCGGAACUGGUAAGACCAUGUUAGCGAGGGCUAUAGCUGGAGAAGCUGGGGUUCCUUUUUUCUCAUGCAGUGGCAGUGAGUUUGAAGAAAUGUUUGUUGGUGUCGGAGCUCGGAGAGUGAGAGACCUCUUUGCUGCUGCUAAGAAGCGAUCACCAUGCAUUAUAUUCAUUGAUGAGAUUGAUGCCAUUGGAGGAAGCCGUAACCCAAAGGACCAGCAAUAUAUGAGGAUGACUCUAAAUCAGUUGCUCGUCGAGCUGGAUGGCUUCAAACAAAAUGAUGGAAUCAUUGUGAUUGCUGCCACUAAUUUCCCUGAGUCACUGGAUAAGGCAUUGGUCAGACCUGGACGAUUUGAUCGUAACAUUGUUGUCCCAAAUCCUGAUGUCGAAGGGCGGAAGCAGAUUUUGGAAUCUCACAUGUCAAAGAUUCUUAAGGCGGAUGAUGUUGACCUUAUGAUCAUCGCCCGGGGGACUCCUGGAUUUUCUGGUGCUGACCUUGCAAACUUGGUGAAUAUUGCUGCUGUGAAAGCUGCAAUGGAUGGUGCCAAAGCCGUAAGCUUGGCUGAUCUAGAGCAUGCUAAGGACAAGAUCAUGAUGGGAAGUGAGCGCAAAUCAGCUUUUAUAUCCCAAGAGUCGAGAAAACUCACGGCAUACCAUGAAGGUGGCCAUGCACUUGUAGCUAUUCAUACAGAUGGCGCUCUUCCGGUGCACAAAGCAACCAUUGUUCCCAGAGGAAUGGCUCUUGGAAUGGUUGCGCAAUUGCCUGAAAAGGACGAGACCAGCAUAUCCCGUAAGCAAAUGCUUGCUCGGCUUGAUGUUGCUAUGGGCGGGCGAGUUGCUGAAGAGCUCAUUUUCGGGGAAAGUGAAGUAACUUCUGGUCCGUCCGAUGAUCUCAAGCAAGCAACCAAGCUAGCUAGAACUAUGGUCACCAAGUUUGGUAUGAGCAAAGAAGUGGGGCUCGCUACGCACAACUACGACGAUAAUGGAAGGAGCAUGAGCACCGAAACUAGGCUUCUUAUCGAGAAGGAAGUAAAAGAAUUACUCGAAAGGGCUUACAACAAUGCGAAAACGAUUCUCACUACUCAUAAUAAAGAGCUUCAUGCUCUUGCCAAUGCAUUGCUUGAGCAGGAAACACUAACUGGCGCCCAGAUCAAGGCGUUGCUUGCUCAGGUCAAAUCUCAACAGACACAGCAGAAGCAACAACAUCAAUCAGUAACAGUUGAAAGUAGGAUCGCAGUCCAAUCCAAAACCAAAGGCAUUGCUCCAGUAGGAUCUUAGCACAGAAAAUGUUGGUAAACUAUUUAUCUUUCAAUGUGCAUAUAGUUGAUUAUUUUCAUGCAACCCUUCCACUCUUUUGAGAAUCAUUGUCGAGCUGCUUAAUGAAGGUGAGGUUGAGGUCACAAGGUUUUGUAACAGAUUAAAGGCAGUUUCAUCAUGAUUUUUUUUUUUAAUUUAAAAAAAAGUGUAUCGCUCAUAUUCAACUCUCGAUGGACCUAUUAAUUCCCGUGCCAUCAUGUAACAUAGCUGGCAUUGUCUUUGUAAGUCAGACUUUAGCUUUUUUCUUCCUUUGGAUAUUUAGUCCCACGGGAAUAAUGUAUAUUUUGACGGUGCAAGAAUUUAGUUGUUUUCCAUGUA